UGGGUUGAAAUUCCUAUAGAACGCUCUGUCGCCCGGUCCGCUUCUUCUUAUCUAGCUGCAAGAGCCGCGGGCUGAAUUCCGAUCAACCUCUGCCAGAUCAAUGCAUAGCUUUUAAAACAUUUAUAAUGGCGAUGGGAAAAGUAACGAUAUUUCUACUUCAGUUGACGUGGACUGUUCAUCUUGUAACAGCCAUUCAGAGGAAAGAUAUAUUUCCUUAUGGGACACUGAGCGGCGAUUUCACUCUGCAGGAGGGGGACGACGAGACGUCCAAAGUACUCGCGUUGAAGAGACCUCUCUAUUUCUAUGGUUCGCAGUUCAAUGAGCUAUACGUGGCAACCAAUGGCAUCAUCUCAGCACAGGACCUGCCUAUGGAGAAGCAGUACGUGGACGAUGGCUUCCCCACCGACUUCCCCGUCAUCGCCCCCUUCCUGGCAGACAUCGACACCAGCAAGGGGAAGGGCGCCAUCUACUACCGAGUCACCGAGUCGCCCGCGCUUCUCAACCGGGUGGCGCAGGAGGUGCACCGGGGCUUCCCCGGCGGCCAAUUCACACCCACGCACGCCGUCAUCGCCACCUGGGAGAACGUUGCCGCCUACGAGGAGGUGACGCGUGCCACCGGGCCAUCCAAUAUGUUGAACACGUUCCAGGCGGUGGUGGCCUACGAUGAGAAUGACUCUUAUGCCCUCUUCCUCUACCCCGAGGACGGACUGCAUUUCUUUGGGACGCGCCCUAAAGAGUCCUACAAUGUGGAAAUUGAGCUGCCGGCUAGAGUUGGCUUUAGCAGGGGAGAAGUGUCCUUUAUAUUUUCUCGGAUGGAGGGACCCUACUACAGCGUCACCAGCAAUGAGCAGAGUCUAAAGAACCUCUACCAGGUUGGCAAUACUGGCGUACCUGGUAUGUGGCUCUUCCACAUCGGCAACCGCUACUCCUUCGAGAAUGUUGUGCCCGCCGCUGUGGGGGGUGCUCUCGCCACGCCACGUCCUAGAGGCCAGGAGGGCGAUGACAGCACCACUGCAGGGUACCCAGAGGUAGAGAACCACGAAACCUUCGAAGAAGAAGAACCCGACGAGGACUAUCCACCCAUCGCCGACCCCGACUUCCAAUCCCCCACUAUCCCAGAGUUCCUCCAACCCUCACACUUGGACCAUGGCGCCCUCCCGGGUCAAGCCCGCCUGCAGCCCUAUGGAGGUGACCUUCCUUUAACCUCUGACCCCCAGUAUCGUGAACAUGACAACCAUGGCAAGCCAUCUCCAGCAUCCGGUCCGUCGGGUCCAGGGGAGUACCCAGCCCGGGAGCCCGAGCCCAGGAACCAGCCCUCUCUGGAGGACGUGAAACAACAGCAGCAGCUCCAGCCCCAGGCCCAAGCCCCCCAGGUGGUCCCUCAACCGGAGCACACGGUCCUGGAGGUGUUCCCCAACAACAGGGGAGAGAGCAGCGAUCCCCCGCUUACCCCCCGUGGCGGACAUUUUGUUAGCGUGGUGGAGGAGGAGGACGUGGACUUUGACACAGGAGUGAUCCAGUACAGCACAGAGACCAAGGAGACGUGUGCUCGCUUCCAACAGCAGUGUUCUCAGAACGCUGACUGCACCGACUAUUCUUCCGGCUUCUGCUGCCACUGUCGCUCCGGUUUCUACGGCAACGGUCGUCACUGUCUCCCUGACGGUGCUCCCCAUCGCGUCAAUGGCAAGGUGAGCGGGACAGUGAUAGUAGGUUCCACCCCUGUGCACCUUAACAGCGUGGACCUGCAUGCCUACAUCGUAGUGAGCGACGGGCGGGCAUACACCGCCAUCAGCGAGGUGCCCGAGCCCGUAGGAUGGGCACUAAUGCCCGUGGCGCCCAUCGGAGAGCUCUUUGGCUGGCUUUUUGCCCUGGAGCUGCCCAACAGCCAGGCUGGCUUCAAGAUCACAGGUGCUGAGUUCACACGCCACGCCGAGGUUACCUUUUACCCCGGCAACCAGCGGCUGAGCAUCGUCCAGAUGGCCCAAGGAUUGGACAGCGAGAACCACCUCAGUGUUGACACCCGUCUCCACGGCGACGUGCCCUUCAUUGCCCCCGGCGCCACUGUGCAGAUGGAGCCCUACAAGGAGACCUAUCAGUACUACCCUUCAGUGGUGAGGUCCACCUCGGUGCGGGAGUUCACAGUGGUGUCGGCGGAGCGCGGCUCGGAAACAUUCACCUUUCAGCUGCAUCAGAACAUCACGUACCACGACUGCCGCCACGGGCUUAGAGCGGGGCCUGAGACGCUGCAGCUGACCACGGAGCGUGUCUUUGUCAUGUACGUCAAGGACGAGAACAUCUUGAGAUACGCCAUCACCAACAAGAUAAGCCCAGUCGGAGUGGAACCGUCAGACCCUGCCCAGGUGAACCCGUGCUACUCAGGAACCCAUGACUGUGACACCACCGCCCAAUGUCUGCCCGGAGAGGGCCAGCAGUACCAGUGCCAGUGUGCCACUGGGUACAGGGGCGACGGGCGCAACUGUUAUGAUGUGGAUGAGUGCGUUGAGGGUCUUAGCCUGUGCGGUGCCCACGCCCAGUGUGUCAACCUGCCAGGGAGCCAUCGCUGCCAAUGCCAGAGCGGCUACAAGUUUGGCUUUGACGGGCGUACCUGCAUAGAUGUGGAUGAGUGCGUUGAGGGUCUUGGCCUGUGCGGUGCCCACGCCCAGUGUGUCAACCUGCCAGGGAGCCAUCGCUGCCAAUGCCAGAGCGGCUACGAGUUUGCCUUUGACGGGCGUACCUGUAUAGACUUGGACGAGUGCCGCUCUCAGCCCUGCCAUCCCCAGGCCACCUGCUCCAACACUCUGGGCUCCUUCCAGUGCCAGUGUCAACACAAUUUCCAAGGAGACGGCUUCCAGUGUGUUCCUAGCAAUGUGCAUCCGGAGCGCCCUAAGACACAGUGUGAGCAGCACAGAGACAGCCUGCAGGGUGGGCUGUCUCCCCGGGGGCCUCGGCCUGUUCCUGGAGGCCUUGCUCCGGGGGCCUUUGUCCCCCAGUGUGAUGAGCAGGGUCAGUACAGAGCCCUGCAGUGCCACGGCUCCACAGGACACUGCUGGUGUGUGGACAGUAGGGGGCAGGAGAGAGCAGGGACCAGGACUUUGCCCAGAACUCCCCCCACCAACUGCGACGGACCAGAUCACACUGAGAGGCCUAAGAGUCAAUGUGAACACCACAGAGACAGUGUCCAGACGACCAGUCCUGAGGGGUACUCCAUCGUGGAGGGUUUUGUACCCCAGUGCGAUGAGCAGGGUCAGUACAGAGCACUGCAGUGUCACGGUUCUACAGGACACUGCUGGUGUGUGGACAACAGGGGGCAGGAGAGAGCAGGGACCAGGAAACCACCCGGUACUGGCCAGCCUAACUGUGAUGAACCAGAUCUUCCUGAGAGGCCUAAGACUCACUGUGAGCAGCAUAAAGACAGUGUCCAGGCGAUCAGUCCUGAGGGGUACCCUAUCCCGGGGGUCUUUGUGCCUGAGUGCGAUGAGCAGGGUCAAUACAGAGCCCUGCAGUGCCAUGGUUCCACAGGACACUGCUGGUGUGUGGACAGCAGGGGGCAGGAGAGAGCAGGGACCAGGAAAGGACCCGGCACUAGCCAGCCUAACUGUGAUGAACCAGAUCUUCCUGAGAGGCCUAAGACUCACUGUGAGCAGCAUAAAGACAGUGUCCAGACGAUCAGUCCUGAGGGGUACCCUAUCCCGGGGGUCUUUGUGCCUGAGUGCGAUGAGCAGGGUCAAUACAGAGCCCUGCAGUGCCAUGGUUCCACAGGACACUGCUGGUGUGUGGACAGCAGGGGGCAGGAGAGAGCAGGGACCAGGAAAGGACCCGGCACUAGCCAGCCUAACUGUGAUGAACCAGAUCUUCCUGAGAGGCCUAAGACUCACUGUGAGCAGCAUAAAGACAGUGUCCAGACGAUCAGUCCUGAGGGGUACCCUAUCCCGGGGGUCUUUGUGCCUGAGUGCGAUGAGCAGGGUCAAUACAGAGCCCUGCAGUGCCAUGGUUCCACAGGACACUGCUGGUGUGUGGACAGCAGGGGGCAGGAGAGAGCAGGGACCAGGAAAGGACCCGGCACUAGCCAGCCUAACUGUGAUGAACCAGAUCGUCCUGAGAGGCCCAAGACUCAUUGUGAACACCAGAGAGACAGUGUCCAGACAAUCAGUCCUGAGGGGUACCCUAUCCCGGGGGUCUUUGUGCCUGAGUGCGAUGAGCAGGGUCAAUACAGAGCCCUGCAGUGCCACGGUUCUACAGGACAUUGCUGGUGUGUGGACAGCAGGGGGCAGGAGAGAGCAGGGACCAGGAAAGGACCCAGCACUGGCCAGCCUAACUGUGAUGAACCAGAUCACCCGGAGAGGCCCAAGACUCAUUGCGAACACCAGAGAGACAGUCUGCAGACAACCAGUCCCGAGGGGAAUGUUGACGGGGCCUUUGUACCUCAGUGUGAUGAGCAGGGUCAAUACAGAGCCCUGCAGUGCCAUGGCGCUACAGGACACUGCUGGUGUGUGGACAGCAGGGGGCAGGAGAGGGCAGGGACCAGGAAACCACCCGGUACAUCGCAACCUAACUGUGAUGAACCAGCGGUAGUGCCCCCCACCCAGGUGCCGGAGACGGUGUGCGAGCGUUGGCGAGCCAGCCUGGUGGACCACUACGGGGGCCUGCCCGAGCCCCACCACUACCUGCCCCAGUGCGACCCCCAGGGGCAGUUCAACCCCAUCCAGUGCUACGGCGACAGCAGCUACUGUUGGUGCGUGGACCGGGACGGCCGCGAGGUGGCUGGGACGCGCUCGCACGACGUGGUCAAGCCUGCCUGUGUCCCCACUGUAGCCCCUCCCACCAUGCACCCUCUGCCUCGCCCUGAUGUGACCCCGCCCCCCUCAGGCACCUCCCUCCUGUAUGCCCAGGGACAGCAGAUUGGGGCACUGCCUCUCAAUGGCACACUCAUGGACUCGGAGCGCUCCUCUACACUACUGGCUCUGCAUGGCUCCAUUGUGGUGGGCAUCGACUAUGACUGCAGGGAGAAGAAGGUGUACUGGACCGACCUGGCAGGCAGGACCAUCAACAGAGCCAGACUGGAGCCUGGGGCCGAGCCUGAGACUCUCAUCAACACAGGUCUAACCAGUCCAGAGGGCUUGGCGGUGGACGUGGUGCGCAGGGCCAUGUUCUGGGUGGAUAGCACGCCGGACAAGAUCGAACGUGCUAACCUGGACGGCAGCGGGAGACAGACUCUCUUCGACACUGACAUGGUCAACCCCCGUGCUAUCAUAGUGGACUCUUCCACUGGGACCCUAUACUGGACCGACUGGAACAGGGAGGCCCCGAAAAUCGAGAGAUCCUCAGUGGAUGGCCACAGCAGGAAGGUGCUGGUGAAGGACGGGAUUGGCCUGCCCAACGCCUUGACCUUUGACACAGCCAUGAGACAGGUGUGCUGGGCGGACGCAGGGACCAAGCGUUUGGAGUGCAUUGCGUCCGAUGGGACGGGUAGAAGGGUGAUCCACAGCAACCUGAACUACCCAUUCAGUAUGGUGUUCUAUGCCAACCACUUCUAUUUCACAGACUGGAGGAGGGACGGAGUCAUUGCUCUGAGUCGGGACAGCAGCCAGUUCACAGACGAGUACCUACCUGACCAGAGGUCUCACCUGUACGGCGUCACCAUCGCUACCACCCACUGUCUAUAAGGGAGACAAUGAUAGAGACAAUCGUGUUUAUGGUGCUAUUUUGGCCGUCUUGACGUGCUUGCCCGUGAGAACCCUUCCGCCGUACACUGCUACAGAGGCGGCGAAAGAAGACACUCGUCUUCUGGAGCAAGUGUUCCACCAACCACAGCAAAUUUACAAAACACCAACUGCGACAACCCCCCCCCGCAAAAAAAGUUUUGUACAUUUGUUUUAUACCUCAUUUCUUACUUUCUACUGUAUUUUUGUAUGUGACUUUUUAAAGAAAGCCAAAGAAAAUAGCUUUGAAAUAAGAUCUUUGAGCCACAAGUCCUGUUAUACCUGUCAAUGUGUAUUGAAUGAACACACAGCAAUGCAGUAUGAGUAUUCUGUGCACUAAUAAGAAUUUUGUAUUUCACCACAUGGAAUUUUGUCUUCACAAAUAUCUGUUUUACCAGUUUUUUUUUAUUUUAAAUCCUUUUAUUUUUUGUAAGAUGUGAUAUUUAUAACAAUAAAAUGUGAUUCAGGA